AAAUCGCGUAUAGUAAUGGUGUCGUACACGCCGGAAGUAAUUAGCGUGAUUAUGAUGCUCGCAGUUCGCGUGGGUGCCGAACUAGACAAGAAAGGAGACUUCGGGACAGCUUCAGAACAUGGGACUGACUCGCCUAGUGGUCGUGUGGUGCUGUUGCUAAGCUUCAGCGGCCUCAACAAGCAGUACCUGGACACCUUCGAUCUGCCCAACUUGCUGUACCUGCGCGACCAAGGCCCGCACCCCGUCAACUUUGAGCCUCAGUACCCUGGUACAAGUGCGCCCAACUCGUUCGGUAUGGUGACGGGCGUGUAUCCCGAGACUCAUGGCGUGUUGGCCCAAGCUUUGUACGACUCCACACUCGGCAGAGUCCUCACAUCCAACGAUCCUGAGAUGUAUACUCAGAACCCGAACGUCACUCCACUUUGGAUUUUAAACGAACAGCGGGGAGGAGUGAGUGCGUGCAUCAUGUGGCCAGGCUGUGAAUAUCCAUUUUCUGGGAGACGACCGACUUACUUUGUCCCUCAGAGCUCCAGGCCUUCCUUCACGUUCACGGACGCCUUUGACCUGGCGGUUGCUUUCGCCACUGCCAGGUUCAGCGCAUCCGAUUACCGCCGUUAUGUCGUUGGAGAUAAUACGCGUGCCGAAGAAUCCCCGGGCAACGUCAAUGAACACGGAAGGAAAGGACCCUCGAUUGCCGAAAGUACUUCAAACAUCUGGAGUCUCCAUCAUCUCAGCCCAAGUGUUGAGCAUUGGUACACUAGUGAGCGCGAGGAGAAAUAUGUGCCAGUGAAGAUCGAGAAAGAGAGCAACAAUUUGGACGAAGUUAAGCGAAUAGUUGAUUCGGCAAGCGACGCAGAUAAUAACAUUUCUAGCAUGGAAAAAUCUCUAUCUAAUCCUAAUUAUCAAAAUGAUUCUAGGAGAAUAUUGAAUGCAUCUGAUGAUUAUAAUCGAUACGAAUUCGCCACUUUAUCCGAAGAGAGCCUCAUUUUUACCUUGAAUGAAAAAAUGCGCGCUAAUUUUAUUCUGAUGAGAUUUGAAGAGCCACACACCACGGCUGAACUGUACGGCCCAACAUCGACUCAAAUGGAGGAUAUUCUUCACAAGCUCGACGACAGUCUGCUGUACCUGCAUUUGUUGCUUCAAGAGCACGACCUUCAUCACAAAGUUGAGUUGGUAUUGGUGAGCGACCUAUGCUCGGUACCCUUUGGUCCUCCUCUUGAGCCCUCGCUCAAACUGAAGAAUGCCGGUCAUAAAACCCCGGAUUUAUCAGGAUCCAUAAAAAUGACUGGGGUUGAAAGGAAUUACAAUGCGGAAGAACCCACACCUGGGUUGCAGGAAACUUCGGACGACUUCAUUAUGGAUUUAGCAGCCAUUUUGCAAGGCCAAAACGUCACUCUAGUGGGAGAAACUCCCCUUCUCCACAUUUGGCCUAAUCAAGGUUCUAAUGAGCUCAAGAUUUUGAAUUUACUUGAAAACUACUCAAAUCGGAGCCAUUUCAGUGUCGUCAAGAAACGUGAAGUAAAACUCUGGCAUUUCAGUCAAAAUCCUCGGAUUGCUGACAUUCUAGCCGAAGCUAAUCCUGGCUUCGCAUUCGUCGAUAAGAGGAGAGCAAACAAGUUAGAGACUUGGCGAGCAGUAAGGGCUCUACCUACACUAAAAUGCACGGAGCAGUCGGAGCCAGUCAUGUUGAUGGCUGGGCCCUCCUUUCCGCACAACCGAGAAGUGUCUUCAAUGCAAGCCAUUGAUGUGUUCGCUGUGGUGACCCGCCUUCUGAACCUCACGGCUACGCCCAACAAUGCAUCCAUGAUAGCAGUCGACGAGCUCUUCAAUGCUUCUCCACGCACCUUAGAGAAUAAGGUCCUCAUGGCUGCUGCCAUAUGCGCUCUGCUUGUGACGAUCGGGCUGUUGUUUGUGUUUGUGCGCUUGUACAAACAGCCCAGGGACAUGGUCUAUGAAACUGCUUACCGCAGCGCAGUUUACAGGACCACCGUUCAGCCGACGGUCUCUUUCAGCCCUACCAACAGCAGAUGGGACGGCACUAGUGAAGUGGUGUUCGUGAAGCAGCCGGACCCUCAUACGGCGCCGCUAUCAACCCUGGCGUCACCCAUCAUCACUCAGACGUCGCCUACAUCAGCGUCAGAUGAGCAAGAUCUGGGCUCACGACACAGCAAUGCAAGGCAGUCCACUCGAUCUUCUCUCGACAGGAGCGAGCUCGACAACGAGACCGCGAGUCUCAUAACUAGCAACAUGCUCCCCGACCAGUCUAGUGAUAUUUAGGGUUAUUAAAACCCGCUGAAAUAUUUAGAAAAAAAGGCGAUGAGGUUAAGUUAGUAAGAUCUAGAGGAGGAUGUCGUUAUUUAGGAAGGAGAAAAUUAUUUCCAGGCAUUUAAGUUCUCUCUAAGAAAAGUGUUUGAUUAGAAGUUCCAACAAAUGGCCUUGCAAAACUUGAUACUGUCAGCUCAGUUUUUUUUUCCAGUAUGUGAAUGGUAACAAUGGGUAACAUCAAUAGCAUUCUGAUCAUC